AUGUAUAAGCGCAAGAAAAUGAUACUCUUGUGCGCGUCGUCUUACGCCGAGGAUUACGAGAGAUUCAGAAAUAACAACAAGCCGAUCGUCAACGACAACGAAGCCGCGGGGAAGGACGAGCCUCCGGAGGGUUACUACGCGUUCGUCGAGUCGCCGAACGCGGAACCACCCCGGGUUCGACCGCCGCCCUACAUCGACAGCGACAAAGAAUGCUUCGACAGCGGCAAGCAGGGAAAGGGGUAUGUUUCGAUACAUAAUAUCUGCGGCGACUUGAACAAAGGCUACAUUCCGCGGAAUCCGAUGAAACAAUAUGUAAACGGCUCGUCGUAUCCCUUCGCAUUGAUAAAGAAUCACACUCUCAAGUUUCUCAGCAAAGCGUUACCGAUCCUCAAGGCCGACGACUCGUUGCCGAAGGUUGCCAAAGUGCACCCGCUAUCGCAGAAUUCCGUCGAUACAGACGAGGAGGAGAAACGUGGUAGAAGCAAGAGAUCCAGUCCGGCAGAUUCGACUACGGAUUCCAAUCGAAACGGCCGCAAGUUUUGCGAAAACGGUGGUGGUGUAGUGUGCAUGUUAUACAAGGCGAUUCAAGGCGAACCGAUCGCGUCGUCAGCGUCGGUUAUCGAGCGUCGGGACGAGCCGUCGACGUCCGAGUAUCGACGUGGUGAACGCGUUCCGUCGCAGGAGAAAACGGAAUACACGGGACCACCGACACCGUGCCCGGCCAAGGUCGAAUACGCCACCCCCGUUUUCGCCAAGAAUUACCAGGGUGUCUGGAGAUACGUGGUACAGAUACCGUACGAAGGUUACUUCACGCAAACGAUUGAACUCACCAGAUGCAUGCAAUCGAGAUGUCAUUACUUGGAUGGGGGAUGCUUAUCGUCACCAAGAUGGACGAGUCUGCUGGUCGCAGAAAUAUUUUAUCCGGACACGUUCAUAGAGGAGAAUCAAAGCUCCGGUCCUGGGACCGGUCCCGCGCGAGAACCUAUCUCCGGAUCGCCGCCACCGGUCCACGAUUUUCAAAAUUACCAGCAAUAUCUGCAGAAACGCGCGAGCACGGGGGAGGCGCGUAAUAACAACGGUAGCGUUCAGCAGCACUGCGACGGUGUCGACGAGAUGGGCUGCUUCCAGGUGCGACUGUAUUACGAUUGGUUCUUGGUGCCGGGAAGCUGCAAAUGCUGGCGGCCGGAUUACUUCAAUCGAUACGUUCGUCGCGGCGGUUCCAACGUCGAAUUAUGACGAGGUUCACGAGGACAUUUUCAACUCCCCCUCCGAGGAAGCUUUUAGGCUGCGUGAUUACAUCAAUCGUAACUGCACGCGCUGACGAAGCUGAAGGCGACUCAGCUGAAUCGCUCGAUACAUCGCGCGCGACCAAACGUUGACCACGUGUUUACUUAUACGAGAUAUUAUUUAUUCAAAGCGCCACGCGCACUGUGUCGACACGAUUAUUCGGUUUUCUUACUAGUUUGUAAAGGCGAUUAUUUUCUAGGCUAUAAUGUUAAGGCGAUCGAAUGCGUUUGAUUAUACUUAUAGACUGUCAGCGUCCACGACUUGCUACCAAAUCUAUAUCAAAGAAGAAAGGCCCGUAUGUAUGAUAAAAAGGAGACAGAGAAGUCGUGAUCGAUGUCGUCUCUGUUAAAUUCAUAUUUAAAAAAAAAAGAAAGAUGCAAUAUAUAUAUUACACAUGUUGCAAAGCUCUCUUUAACGCGUAACGUAUGUUUCUCGAAACUGUAGAUUUAAGACGUUUUCCAUGGUUUCUUAAUGCAAUCUAAUAAUUGUUCUAUCUCCUAAGAUGUGGAUUUAGAAAUGGAUGUACGAUAUCGCUGUGAUUUUGUUAUUGCGUUUGAUCGAGGAAUAUGCUGUUAUUUUUAUCAAAUGCAUUUUCUUUCAUAUUUAUUUCAAAUUCAAUGACUAGAUUAAUGUUUAUCCAUGACGGAAUCUCUCUUCGCUAAAUAAUAGAUACGACGUGUAAUAGGUGAUAAUAAAGAAGUCAAGCAAGCGAGUAAACGCGUACGAGAGAGGGGUCGAGAAUGAAAAUCAUCAUCACAUGAUGGCGCUCCUCUCUGACUUCCUUACAAAUCUCACUACUAAUUCGCUGUAUAUGCACAUGUGUAUUCUUUACGUAGACAUAUAUACAUACAUAUA